UGGCGCUCGUGUUAGAGUGACUCGUUUGAAUCGCGAGCGUUCGUUGCGGAAUUAAGUGUCAUGGACUGUUUUGGUUGCGUUUUGAUUCGUUUUACUUGAUUCCUUGCACGUCAAACAGCAGCGACGGCCGAUCAGUGGUGGGUUUCAGUGGGGACGCGAAGGCGAAAUUGCGCAUCAGAUUUCCUUGAGCUCGAAUCCAGGAGUAGCUCCAGUGGGAUUCGCCUCCAGUCUCCACAGUCCGCCGAGCCUCGAGGAAGCGAAGCAACCUCACGACGAAGCCCUCGGAAGACUUCGAGCUCCUUCCACCCCUCGGAAACGCCCCCUGGACGAGGAUGAAGCCGCGCCGAAACCACGUCCUUUGCCUGUUGCUCUUGAUGGCCUCGGGGUUCCUGCAGGACGCCGCUGGAGAGCCGAUCGUGGCCAAGUGUCCUCCGAGCGACGCCGAGGACACCUCCAACGAGUUCUGCAAGUGCGACCAGAACCCCUCCAGGAGCAACCGCGUCAUCACCAUCAAGUGCAAGUUCAACGACAAGGAGGACGUGCUCCUGACGGACGAGCUCUACCCGUUCCGCAACCAGACCCUCAUGACCGCCUACGUACGUGUCGAGAACGCGUCGAGUGUCCACGUGACGGAGAGCUUCCUGAGGGAGUGGCAGCAGGCGCCCUCCAUCGCCCUGGACGUGUGGCGGGGCGGCAACCUCACCCUCGACCCGACGCCCGAGCAUGAUAAUAUCAAGAGAUUCGCUCCUACAAGACCUUCGUCGGCGUGGGCAUCGUGAAGUGCUACGUGCCCGAAAUACCCUCGAUGUUCCUGCGCGAACCGAGCUCGUGGAGGCUUCCGGCUGAAGGGCAGUCGCGUCGGAGUCCUCAGGGAAGGCUUCCUGCACAAUAUUGAAGAGAUGAGAUACCUUGUAUUCGAAGACACAGUUGUGGACAAGGUGGUGGGUUCUGUUGCAACUGAAGGCUAUGUGACCCUCAGUAAGCGAGAACUACACAGCUGGAUUGGUCUCCGUCUCUCUAACGUCUCUAUAAACAGCCUAGCUAAAAAUGCCUUCAACCUCACACAUAAGUCUGACAUGGAGACAGCUAUGGUCGUCAACAGCAUGCUAGGGACUGUGG